AGCGAACGCUUCCGUAGGUCGACCAAAACCCUAAACCCCAUUGCGUCUGCAACAGUCGGGAACAUUCUAACGGCGAUUUUGACGCCGGACGAGGUUGACAAUUGUUGAUACAAAAUGUCUCGGGUUUAUGUUGGGAAUUUGGACUCAAAAGUCACAGAAAGAGUUCUGGAAGAUGAAUUCCGAACAUUUGGUGUUCUUCGAAGUGUUUGGGUUGCUCGAAGGCCACCUGGUUAUGGCUUUGUUGAAUUUGAUGAUCGAAGAGAUGCAUUAGAUGCCAUUCAUGAUUUAGAUGGGAAACAUGGGUGGCGUGUGGAGCUUUCUCGUAAUUCAAAAGGUGAAGGUGGUGGACGUGAUAGGCGUGGACAAGGUAGUGGUGGGGACAUGAAUUGUUAUGAAUGUGGUGAACCUGGUCAUUUUGCCCGAGAGUGUAGAUUACGCAUUGGAUCAGGUGGUUUAGGAAGUGGAAGGCGGAGAAGCCCUAGUCCACCUCGCUAUCGCCGUAGCCCUAGCUACGGUCGCAGCAGAAGUCGAAGCCCGCGAGGGGGAAGAUCUCCUCGUCGUCGCAGCUAUUCACCUAGGAGUAGGUCACCAGCACGUCGUAGAGAUUCUCCUUAUGCUAAUAGAAGUCAAAGCCCAUGAGGGAGAAGAUCUCCUCGUCGCAGCUAUUCGCGGAGUAGAUCCCCAGUGCAUCGACAAGAUGGUUCUCCUUUUGAUAAUAGAAGUCCUGGCCCUGAGAAGAACUACAGUCCUUCACGGGCAAAUGGUCAUGAAGAAUCUCUUAAUGUCAAGGGGGACGGGCAAUGGAGCAGGAGCAAAAGCUAAAGUGCACAUAGUGCAUCUCAGAAACUGUUAAAGAAGGGACCUUGGAACAUCUUUAAAUCUCCUAUAGUUUAGUAGAACGAUGAAGCUUUGGAUUCUUCCAUUGGCUGGAGCACUCUCCUCAGCUUUACUGGCACAUGGAGAGAUGUUUCCAAUCCAACCUCACUGUGGUACUGAUCUUUCCAACCUAGCACCACAAUGGUACAAUGUGGUACUGAUAAGCCCAGCACCUUAAUGACGCUGGUUUCUUCAAAGCAGAACUACAAUGGUGUCUAUUUCUUCAACAUAGCACUACAGCCAGUUUCUCCAAAGCAACACCAUAGUUUUGAUGAACAGGCUAUGUGCCAUAGUCUUGAUGAAGAGGCUGGGUCAAUUGAAACAAAGUUAUAUCUUCAUCUUAUAGCAUCACAAUCACUCUUUCACACUAUCAUUAUCUUCCUUAGGCACCCCUCUUCGUCUCUAUGCCCUGGUUUCUGAAUUUAUAUACUUCUAGGUCUAUUAAUGAAUUUUAGUUAAAACUUAUUAAUGGACCUAAUCAUUUAUGAUUGGACUCAAUCCAAAUACAUUAGGUUUUGACUUGAGACCUAAUGUCACCAUACCCUAAAGUCACACCCUCUUGACUUAGUAAGUUGUAGAGCAUAUGUUUUUUAAAAAUCAACUUUGUGUUAAUUAACACAGUUAUAUCCACAUUUUGGAGCUUGAUAACUAUUCUUGCACAACAACACUAUCUUUCCUAAACUCCUCUCUUCCUCUUCUAUCCUAGGUUCAGAAUUUUUAUAUUUUUAUGAGUUUUAACUAAAGUUAAAACUCAUUGAUGACCCUAGUGAUUUCUGAUUUAAUACAAUCCAAGUGCAUUAGGUUCUUGGCUUGACACUGAAUGUCACCAUACCCUAAAGUGACAACCUCAUGGCAUUCUAAACUAUAGACCAGUUGUUUUCAAAAAAUCAAUUAAAUCUAAUAAUCACUCUUGCAUAACAACACUGCCUUCCCAACGCUCUCUUAUUCCUCUCCAUACCCUAAUUUGAGAAUUAUAUAUUUCUAAAUUCAUCAAUGAAUUUCGGCUAAAAUCUAUUGAUAAUUCUAACCAUCUCUGAUUAGAUCCAAUCUAUAUGUUUUAAGUUCCUAGCUUGACACUAAGUGUCACCGUGCCCUAAAACUACAUACUCAUGACCUCUUAAGCUGGAAACCACUUGUUUUCAAAAAAUCAACCUUGACAUAAAGUCAUAUCCUCAUCUUAGAGUUUGAUAAUCACUCUUGUAUAACAACACUAUCUUCCCUACACUCCCCUAUUCCUUUCCAUGCCCUAGUUUUAGAGUUUUUAUACUUCUGGGUCAUCAAAAAGUUUCGAUCAAAAUUUAUCAAUGGUUCUAGUCAUCUCUAAUGGGACCCGAUCUAAGUGCAUUAGGUUCCUAGCUUGAAACUAAGUGUCACCAUGCCCUAAAGCCACAACGGCAUGACCUUCUAAGUUGUAGAGCAAACAUGUAUUCAACUUGGAGCUUGAUAAUUAUGUUUUUACAGCAACACUCUCCAUCCUUCCAUUCUCAUACAAUCUCUCUUUAAUGAUCCAUCAAUCGAGAUAUGUAAGGUACAAAAUUCUUGCAUUUCUAGUCCUCUUGACCAUUCAAUCGUAAUAAACCCUUGUUGUCCCUAAAGUCACCAUGCUAGCUGUGAUUCGAAUUCUCCAUGCCUUCCUCACUUAUUAUAAUAUUUAUAACAAAAAUCACAACCACGUCCAAAGCAUUGUUAAAGUGGGAAUAAUCUUUUGAAUAUAUAAAAAAAAAAGUGAAGGUUCAGAUGAAAUUAGUCACAAUUAUCUCUUUAAAUACAAGAUAUUUCACAUUGUUUAGCUUUAUUCCCUGCCCUCAAAUUCUAUGCAUGUGCUUUUGUCUCAAUUUCUCUCGAAUAUUUCAUCUCAUUUUCCAUACUUCAGCAGCUUACGUUAUUCUUAAAGCAAACAUUAUGAUGCAACAAUUUUUUCAAUGUCGAAUUUUAAAUUACAAGAGGCGAAAUAUGAUAUUUUAUAUAAUAAUCAGCAAACAGUGAUGCCUCUGCUUCUCCAUAAAUAGCGAAAGCAGGGAAAGUAAAACAGGGGAAACAGAGCAGGGCAAGAGAUGGCCGACCGGCGCAGGAACACCACCAGCCUCUACGAUAGCUCCGCCUCCCUCGCUGGGAACUUCAUCCCGUCGUCUCACUUCGCGCUAGGCCGCAACGAACUCGCUGCGGCGGCUGCACCCGGGCCCACGAAGCCCACCUUCCCCGUGGCGGUGCCCCCGCCGGCGGACGUGUGGCAGCUGGUGGUGGAGGAGCCGCCGGCGGCGGUGGACAAGCUCGCGGAGGAGUACAUCCGGAAGGUCCGCAAGAGGAUGCGAGCUCAGCAGUUCUAUUCGGGGCCGCCGAACGUGAUCGCGCUUGCGCCGCCGCCGAAGUACAAGGUGGUGGCGAUAGAAUAAUUAAGGCUGCGGUUAACUAAACUUUAGCUACUUCUUGAUGUACUAAUUAAGUGGCCAACUAAUAAAUAGUGCUGUGCUAGUUGUGGGUAUAAUACAAUAAGAUAUUUUCACGAA